AUGAACAAUCUGCCUAAACUUGGACGCGAGAUUGACCACAGCGUUGGUCCAACCUUCGCAACCUACGCGCCCCUACUCGCAGCACGUGAGGCAGCUAUCCACUCAACCCAUCGCGAGACGCUUCAGUACGGGGACGAUCCUCGGCAAGUCUUGGAUGUCUACUAUCCAGAGUCGAACUCAUCCACGGGGCCCAAACCUGUCCUCAUGUGGAUAUACGGUGGCGGCUUCACGCAGGGUGACAAGGUCCUUCCGGGUUAUGCGAAUGGAACCGUCUAUGGCAACGUGGGCCAUUUCUUUGCAACGACUUUUGGUUUCGUCGUCGUGGUUCCAAACUAUCGGCUUGUGUCUGACGGAGGACGAUUUCCCUCAGGCGGUGAAGACCUCGCACUCGCCAUCGCCUGGGUGCGGGAUCGCUUGACCAAGCAAGACGGUUAUGAGUCUAUCAAUCUCUUUCUCAUGGGGAACUCUGCCGGAGGGGUACACUUAGCGACGUACCUAUUUCACAGGCAAUUCAGUUCCUCGCGUGAGUCAAUCACUAAGUGCACUCAGCAUGGGGUCAAGCUUCGGGCAAUCAUCUUCCUCUCAGUCCCUUUCCACUUCGAGCAGGCGGCCAAAAGUAGAGCCGAAGCGUUGGAGGGUUACUUUGGCGGCAAAGACCUCAAGACGCCAUCUCCUCUCGGGUUUCUCAGAUCGAACAAGCUGGACGAUGCAGUCGUCGAGUCUGGCGUCAAGUUCUCUGUCUGGACGGGGAGCCUAGAUCCCAUCGACGAGAUUCUAGUGCCCACGGCGGAUUUCCAAAGGGAAUGGGAGGGACCCCGUUUGCAAUCUUUCGUGUUGAAUGGGCAUAACCACAUGAGCCCGCAACUUAGCUUGGGCACUGGCAUAGCGCAAGAGGAGGAGUGGGGAGUUGAGGUUGGUCGAUUCUGCCAAUCCAGCUGUGUAUAG